AUGGCACGGCAUGAAGGUGUGUACGCGCAUGCGCAAGCGCGCAUAGCACGGCAUGAGGUGCGCGCAUGGCACGGCAUGAAGGUGCGCGCAUGGCACGGCAUGAAGCGCGCAUGGCACGGCAUGAAGGUGCGCGCAUGGCACGGCAUGAAGGUGCGCGCAUGGCACGGCAUGAAGGUGCGCGCAUGGCACGGCAUGAAGGUGCGCGCAUGGCACGGCAUGAAGGUGCGCGCAUGGCACGGCAUGAAGGUGCGCGCAUGGCACGGCAUGAAGGUGCGCGCAUGGCACGGCAUGAAGGUGCGCGCAUGGCACGGCAUGAAGGUGCGCGCAUGGCACGGCAUGAAGGUGCGCGCAUGGCACGGCAUGAAGGUGCGCGCAUGGCACGGCAUGAAGGUGCGCGCAUGGCACGGCAUGAAGGUGCGCGCAUGGCACGGCAUGAAGGUGCGCGCAUGGCACGGCAUGAAGGUGCGCGCAUGGCACGGCAUGAAGGUGCGCGCAUGGCACGGCAUGAAGGUGCGCGCAUGGCACGGCAUGAAGGUGCGCGCAUGGCACGGCAUGAAGGUGCGCGCAUGGCACGGCAUGAAGGUGCGCGCAUGGCACGGCAUGAAGGUGCGCGCAUGGCACGGCAUGAAGGUGCGCGCAUGGCACGGCAUGAAGGUGCGCGCAUGGCACGGCAUGAAGGUGCGCGCAUGGCACGGCAUGAAGGUGCGCGCAUGGCACGGCAUGAAGGUGCGCGCAUGGCACGGCAUGAAGGUGCGCGCAUGGCACGGCAUGAAGGUGCGCGCAUGGCACGGCAUGAAGGUGCGCGCAUGGCACGGCAUGAAGGUGCGCGCAUGGCACGGCAUGAAGGUGCGCGCAUGGCACGGCAUGAAGGUGCGCGCAUGGCACGGCAUGAAGGUGCGCGCAUGGCACGGCAUGAAGGUGCGCGCAUGGCACGGCAUGAAGGUGCGCGCAUGGCACGGCAUGAAGGUGCGCGCAUGGCACGGCAUGAAGGUGCGCGCAUGGCACGGCAUGAAGGUGCGCGCAUGGCACGGCAUGAAGGUGCGCGCAUGGCACGGCAUGAAGGUGCGCGCAUGGCACGGCAUGAAGGUGCGCGCAUGGCACGGCAUGAAGGUGCGCGCAUGGCACGGCAUGAAGGUGCGCGCAUGGCACGGCAUGAAGGUGGUACGCGCAUGGCACGGCAUGAAGGUGCGCGCAUGGCACGGCAUGAAGGUGCGCGCAUGGCACGGCAUGAAGGUGCGCGCAUGGCACGGCAUGAAGGUGCGCGCAUGGCACGGCAUGAAGGUGCGCGCAUGGCACGGCAUGAAGGUGCGCGCAUGGCACGGCAUGAAGGUGCGCGCAUGGCACGGCAUGAAGGUGCGCGCAUGGCACGGCAUGAAGGUGCGCGCAUGGCACGGCAUGAAGGUGCGCGCAUGGCACGGCAUGAAGGUGCGCGCAUGGCACGGCAUGAAGGUGCGCGCAUGGCACGGCAUGAAGGUGCGCGCAUGGCACGGCAUGAAGGUGCGCGCAUGGCACGGCAUGAAGGUGCGCGCAUGGCACGGCAUGAAGGUGCGCGCAUGGCACGGCAUGAAGGUGCGCGCAUGGCACGGCAUGAAGGUGCGCGCAUGGCACGGCAUGAAGGUGCGCGCAUGGCACGGCAUGAAGGUGCGCGCAUGGCACGGCAUGAAGGUGCGCGCAUGGCACGGCAUGAAGGUGCGCGCAUGGCAGCGGCAUGAAGGUGCGCCGCUAUGGCACGGCAUGAAGGGGCGCGUCAUGCACGGCAUGAAGGUUGCGCGCAUGGCACGGCAUGAAGGUGCGCGCAUGGCACGGCAUGAAGGUGCGCGCAUGGCACGGCAUGAAGGUGCGCGCAUGGCACGGCAUGAAGGUGCGCGCAUGGCACGGCAUGAAGGUGCGCGCAUGGCACGGCAUGAAGGCUUGCGCGCAUGGCACGGCAUGAAGGUGCGCGCAUGGCACGGCAUGAAGGUGCGCGCAUGGCACGGCAUGAAGGUGCGCGCAUGGCACGGCAUGAAGGUGCGCGCAUGGCACGGCAUGAAGGUGCGCGCAUGGCACGGCAUGAAGGUGCGCGCAUGGCACGGCAUGAAGGUGCGCGCAUGGCACGGCAUGAAGGUGCGCGCAUGGCACGGCAUGAAGGUGCGCGCAUGGCACGGCAUGAAGGUGCGCGCAUGGCACGGCAUGAAGGUGCGCGCAUGGCACGGCAUGAAGGUGCGCGCAUGGCACGGCAUGAAGGUGCGCGCAUGGCACGGCAUGAAGGUGCGCGCAUGGCACGGCAUGAAGGUGCGCGCAUGGCACGGCAUGAAGGUGCGCGCAUGGCACGGCAUGAAGGUGCGCGCAUGGCACGGCAUGAAGGUGCGCGCAUGGCACGGCAUGAAGGUGCGCGCAUGGCACGGCAUGAAGGUGCGCGCAUGGCACGGCAUGAAGGUGCGCGCAUGGCACGGCAUGAAGGUGCGCGCAUGGCACGGCAUGAAGGUGCGCGCAUGGCACGGCAUGAAGGUGCGCGCAUGGCACGGCAUGAAGGUGCGCGCAUGGCACGGCAUGAAGGUGCGCGCAUGGCACGGCAUGAAGGUGCGCGCAUGGCACGGCAUGAAGGUGCGCGCAUGGCACGGCAUGAAGGUGCGCGCAUGGCACGGCAUGAAGGUGCGCGCAUGGCACGGCAUGAAGGUGCGCGCAUGGCACGGCAUGAAGGUGCGCGCAUGGCACGGCAUGAAGGUGCGCGCAUGGCACGGCAUGAAGGUGCGCGCAUGGCACGGCAUGAAGGUGCGCGCAUGGCACGGCAUGAAGGUGCGCGCAUGGCACGGCAUGAAGGUGCGCGCAUGGCACGGCAUGAAGGUGCGCGCAUGGCACGGCAUGAAGGUGCGCGCAUGGCACGGCAUGAAGGUGCGCGCAUGGCACGGCAUGAAGGUGCGCGCAUGGCACGGCAUGAAGGUGCGCGCAUGGCACGGCAUGAAGGUGCGCGCAUGGCACGGCAUGAAGGUGCGCGCAUGGCACGGCAUGAAGGUGCGCGCAUGGCACGGCAUGAAGGUGCGCGCAUGGCACGGCAUGAAGGUGCGCGCAUGGCACGGCAUGAAGGUGCGCGCAUGGCACGGCAUGAAGGUGCGCGCAUGGCACGGCAUGAAGGUGCGCGCAUGGCACGGCAUGAAGGUGCGCGCAUGGCACGGCAUGAAGGUGCGCGCAUGGCACGGCAUGAAGGUGCGCGCAUGGCACGGCAUGAAGGUGCGCGCAUGGCACGGCAUGAAGGUGCGCGCAUGGCACGGCAUGAAGGUGCGCGCAUGGCACGGCAUGAAGGUGCGCGCAUGGCACGGCAUGAAGGUGCGCGCAUGGCACGGCAUGAAGGUGCGCGCAUGGCACGGCAUGAAGGUGCGCGCAUGGCACGGCAUGAAGGUGCGCGCAUGGCACGGCAUGAAGGUGCGCGCAUGGCACGGCAUGAAGGUGCGCGCAUGGCACGGCAUGAAGGUGCGCGCAUGGCACGGCAUGAAGGUGCGCGCAUGGCACGGCAUGAAGGUGCGCGCAUGGCACGGCAUGAAGGUGCGCGCAUGGCACGGCAUGAAGGUGCGCGCAUGGCACGGCAUGAAGGUGCGCGCAUGGCACGGCAUGAAGGUGCGCGCAUGGCACGGCAUGAAGGUGCGCGCAUGGCACGGCAUGAAGGUGCGCGCCAUGGCACGGCAUGAAGGGGGAUUCAAUUCUGCUUGUCACACCAUGUUUGACCACUCACGCUACCUUUUCAACCCCUCUCCCCUCACCCUCACCCGCCAUGCGUGGCACCAGCUGCACGACAAGCUAGCAGCAUACGCGUCUGACGCAGAGAAGGAGAAGCUGCUGGCGCGGCUGCAGGAGACGGAGGACUGGCUGUAUGAGGACGGCGAGAGCGAGAGCAAGGGCGUGUACACCACGCGCCUGGAGGAGCUCAAGCGCCUCGGCGACCCCAUUGAGGCGCGCCUCCGGGAGGAAGAGACGCGCCCCGCCGCCCUGCAGUCACUGCAGUACUGCAUCGGAAGCUUCCGGGAGGCUGCGCUGUCCACGGAUGCGAUGUACGCGCACAUCGACCCGAAGGAGAAGGCUCAGGUGGUGGAGGAGUGCAACAAGGCGGAGAUGUGGCUGAGGGACAUGCUCUUCCAGCAGCAGAAGCUGAGCAAGAAGGACACCCCCGUGCUGCUCGCUGCCGACCUACGGAAGAAGGCAGAGACCCUCGACAGGUUCUGCAAGCCUAUUAUGACCAAACCCAAACCAGCUCCCAAGCCUGCUUCCGAGCCCAAGCCCGAGCCUGCUCCCGAGGCUCCUAAGGCAGGUGGUGAGCCGAUGGAGACGGAGGGGGCUGCAGGAGAGGGUGCCGCAGCGGCAGGUGGCGAGGCGGCAGCUGGAGAUGCUAAACCUGCUGAGGGCGAGGCCAUGCAAACAGAGUAG